AACGAAGAAGAGAAAUACUGUCCGUACUGCAAACCGCUUCCUACUGGAUGUGUAGUGCCCUAAACAGGGAGCAUGGGAUGGACAUGUAUACACUGAGUAGGGCGUGUGGGUAGGAAGCAGUGAGGGGAAUUAGGAUUGUCUCCAGCACCGGACCACGUUAUUUGGUGUGAGUGUGUGUGAGAGACUCAGAACGAGUCCCGGUGUAACAGAGGAAAGAAGGGGGAUAUGCGCGUGCCCGGUUCCGUAACGUGUGCAGGUGCGGAGAGGAAAACGAGAAUGAGGCUCGAUCGCUUCACGUGCAGACACGCGACCGAGAGAAAAAUGACGGUGUGUGUGAGAAGUCGAACCCGGAUGUCAUGUGAUCUCUGUAAGCUCGUGGACGCCCCCCGGAGGUGCCAGGAUGCCUGUGCAGGCGGCGCAGUGGACAGAGUUCCUGUCCUGCCCUAUCUGUUUGAACGAGUUCAACGGCGGUGGACACAAACCUAUCAGCCUGGGCUGCUCACACACCGUGUGUAAGACGUGUCUCCAUAAACUGCAUCGUAAAGCCUGUCCUUUCGACCAGACCGCCAUCAGUCUCGACAUCGAGCUGCUGCCCAUCAACCGUGCCCUGCUGCUGCUGCUGGGGGCGCAGGUUCCUGAAAGCCACUGUGUGUGUCUGGGCAGCACUGAAGAUACCCAGCACUAUGACGUGUGCAGGACGUGUGUGGAGGAGUUGGCGCUGUACCUCAAACCCAUUACAGGGGGGAAAGGCGUGGUGUCUCAGAGUGCCAGUGCUCUCAGUCGGCCCAUGCAGAGGAAGCUGGUGACUCUUGUGAACUGCCAGCUGGUGGAGGAGGAGGGACGUGUGAGAGCUCUGCGGGCGGCUCGCUCUCUGGGAGAGCGCACCAUCACAGAGCUCAUUCUGCAACACCAGAACCCACAGCAGCUCUCUGCUAACCUGUGGGCUGCCGUCAGGGCACGAGGCUGCCAGUUCCUUGGACCUGCGAUGCAGGAGGACGCCCUGAAGCUCGUCCUGCUGGCUCUUGAGGACGGCUCCGCUCUCUCUCGCAAGGUUCUGGUGCUCUUCGUGGUCCAGAAGCUGGAAGCUCGGUUCCCUCAGGCUUCCAAGACGAGCAUCGGCCAUGUGGUGCAGCUUCUCUACCGAGCUUCCUGCUUUAAGGUGACGAAACGCGAUGAAGACUCAUCCCUGAUGCAGCUGAAGGAGGAGUUCCGUACCUACGAGGCUCUCAGGCGCGAACACGACGCUCAGAUCGUCCACAUCGCAAUGGAGGCGGGGCUACGCAUCUCUCCCGAGCAGUGGUCCUCUCUGCUGUACGGCGACCUCGUCCACAAAUCACACAUGCAGUCCAUCAUAGACAAGCUCCAAUCCCCAGAAUCCUUUGUGAAGAGCGUGCAGGAGCUGACUAUCAUUCUGCAGAGAACCGGAGAUCCAGCCAACCUCAACAUACUCCGAGCACCGCUAGAACUCCUGGCUGGUAUUGACCAGAACCUAGAACCAGCGAUCCCUGCAUGGGAGGAGCUGGAGUCUGUGAUGUUGGCUGUGAAGGUGGUGGUCUACGGGCUCGUCGAGUUCAUCCAGAAUUUCAGCAAAAAAAGUCACGAGACGUUUCAGUCUCAGCCCAAUAGUAAAUACAAGACCAGCAUGUGUCGAGACCUGCGGCUCCAAGGAACCUGCCCACGAGGUGUCAACUGCACCUUUGCCCACACCCAGGACGAGCUGGAGAAGUACCGAAUGAGGAACAAGAAGGUUGCUUCGGGAACCAGGUCGUCUCUUCUGCCAAAAAUGGGCGUGGUCAAAUCUUCAGCUGUAGACAUGAGUGUGGGUGAGAAGGAGGGUGUUGACUCUCAGAGCUCCUCACCCACUCACCUUGUGCCCAGAGGAGGAGAGCAGGAGCAGGUUGAGGUGAUGAAGGAGCUUGCUGAUGGCUUCCCGACUGCCAGCCAAGACCUGAAAACGGUUUCUCCUCCGAAGAGCCCACCAUCAGGACCUCCUGCCGAUACUUCAGUGCCCCUCAAACCUUCUCUACUGCAGAGGAGUCACCAUGAGGUCACAUACUUUCCUGAACAACCAUUUCCGUAUGAUCUGCCAACCUGCCCAUCUGGUAACUUUUUUCAUGCUGUUCAUCCGAGCCUUCACAAACCUUACCCGCCUCGCUUCCCUCGCUCCAGCCCCGCCUCUGACUCUUCAGCCCCGCCUUCUUUGGGCCCCCACCCUGACACGCCCCUCCCGUCUCGUUUAGGCCUGUCACCGUAUUCCAGCUCCCCCUCUUACCCGCCCCUCCAUCACUCUCACCCCCACGGUCACAGCGUCUAUGCUCCCGUCUACGACAGUCGGCGUCUCUGGAGGCCUCAGCUGUACCACAGGCAGGACGGCCGGAGCAACUCGCUCCCUCUGGAGGUGCUGCACUCGUCUAUUUAUCAUCCCCCUCUCCGGGAGCGCUUCAACUCGCUCGAUAGCUGCAGCGCCUCCAACAGGAGAGCCGCCCUGCAGCGGGAGGUGUAUGGCCGAGCUGCUCUGGGCUCAGAGGAUUUCUACGCUCUCCGUCAGGAGCAGUGGUCUCAUCAGCACCACGGCUCGGGCCGAGCGGCACCACAUUCCCCUGUCUUUACAGUGGAUCUCUGCUCCGAGCGUGUGGACAGCGGAGUGUGUGUGAGCUGUAAGUGUGGAGGAGCAGAUGCACCUCUGGCUCGUUACUCGCCGUGGUCGUGUGGUGCCGGUGGUCCGUUUGACUCGGAACCUCUUUACUCUCAUACCUGUUCCCAACACAUGGACGGUGAGUGUACAGGUAAACACUGGCUGCAUGUUUCUGAGCCGUACAGACGUGUGAAGGACGAGGACCCCAUCAUCCCGUUCGGUGAGGGUCCCAUCAUCUCAAAGUGGGGGGCCAUUUCACGCUCGUCUCGCACAGACCACCACACCACCGACCCUGUCCAGGCCACGGCGACACGUGGCCGCGCCGCCACCACCACGCUCAUCAAUUUCAGAGAUUACAGUUCUCAUGUCGGACCGGGGGAGUGCCGGUGGAGUCCGUGUGGCUUCGAGUCAACUCGCUCCGGGUUCCUAGACAGCGAGCAGAGACGGAGCUCCAUCAGCAUUGCUGGGAAACCUGAAGCAGAGUUUCUGGGUCGAGAUGAAGCCGAGAGUGAACCGGACCAUGACAUUGAGCUGGACCUGUGCACUUUACACAUGGAGGACACGGAACCAUUGGAGAUCCAGGCAGAGGCAUCUCUGGAGUCGCAGUCUGAAAUUCAACUCUCCAGUGUGUUUGGUGACGGAGCAGGAAGCUCACGGUUGGUUCCGACGUUACCUAAGCACGUGAUGGACUCUCGUUUACUGAAGAAGAUGGCGUUUAGGAAGUCUCUCUCCCCCAGGGGUCUAAAUGCUGGAGGUCUCACCAUGGGCAAUCUGGUGAUGAAAACGGGUUCAUUAAGACCUUCAGGAGACACGGCUGGACCGAACCCAGGACCCGAAAUGAUCUUGAACGGAAGCUAAAAAUCAAGAAAAUGUGUUUUUAAAGUCCGAGUGUAGAAUCUAAUCGGCACUGAUCCAUGAAACUCGGCGCUCGUUUAUUAUUCUCCAUACCCACUCGUUUCCCAUGGUUUCAUUCCGAACGUCUUUCCAGUACUGAGAUGUUUGAAGAAUGUAAUCCAGGGUUUUUUUGACAAAACUUUGAAAAACGAUUCAAAAAUAUUAUGCAUUUUUUUAAAGCUCCCCCAUAUAAAUCAAUUUUUUUUUGUUUUUUGCGCAGCUUUAUGCAAAUGCAUUUUUCACAACCCCAUCUCAGGUCACCUAGCUGCCAAUCAGAAUCCACUCUAUAGCCAAUCAGAGGCCUCCGAUUACUCAUUUGUCGGUAUUAUUAUGAAUAUUAAUUAACGUUUUAGAUGAGCUUGAUCUGUUAUAAUUCCUGCCUGUAGGUUUCUAUAUUUGUACUGUGUGUGAUGGGGGGGUACGUUGCAUCCGUCAUGGUGCAGUACUCAUGAGUCGAUUGACCUGCAUGAAACAAAGUGCAUUUUUUUUUUUUUGUAUUAGGUUUUGUAAUGAACUGUGUGUGAACAUGCCUCUGAGUUGAUCUACGCUAUCUCCUGCUCCCUCUGAGGCUUUAUCAGGUGGCUGUUUUAUUCUGAAAUGGCUUUCAAAUCUAAUAUUGGUUUAUUACAGCAGCAUUAACGCACGCGUGUGUGUGAGAUGGUAUGCAGUGGGCGGGGCUUGUUUUAUUGUAGUUUUCUAUGCAUUUUUUUCCUCUUUCGCAGCGAUGUAAUAAAGAUAAACGAAUCUUCCCAUUUUUGAAGCCACGGAAGUUUAAAAAUGAACGAGGGUUCCGCUUUGUGAAUAUGAUCCGGUUUCAAUAUCUCAGUGAGUUAUCUGAAACUAGAAUCAGGGUGAUUUUCGAUCAGUUUCUGCUCUGCCGUUCCUUCAUUUUGCUUUCCUGAUUUUUAACUUGUUUUACUGCCCCCUACUGUACAUACAGUGUAUUAGUUAGAUGUUCGUUCAAGCAUCGUCACUUCGACAGGCCGCGCCCUGUUACUGCUUUGCACCUGCGGCUGCUUCAUCGUUCCUGUUUUAUUUGAUAAAUCAAUCAUUUAUCAACACCCGACCCCCCCCCCCCCCCAAUGUGUUACCCUCUCGUGUUGGACUGCGACGUCGCUGCUGACUUCUGUGAAGUUGUGUGUCUGAGUAUUUUGUAUCAGGAUUCUCUUAUUUUUGUUUAGUUUUGUUCAAAAGAAAUGAAGGAAACUGCAGACUCUGUGCUUCCUGUUUAAGAUCGCGGAUGAUGGAGCACUGAGUGAGAUCAGAACCUCUGAAACGGGUCAUUUGUUCUUUGGUCUUGUGCACUGAAUUGUUUCGUUCGUGUUGACUCGGGCGACGCUGAGAUCCGAGAGAGAGGUGUGUGUGUGUGUGUGUGUGUGUGUGUGUGUGUGUGUGUGUGUGUGUGUGUGUGUGUGUGUGAGACGCCACUGUUUAGGAAACGUCUCCUAUUUAUAAUGGGGUCAUUUAUUGUUUUUGUAAUGUUAUGUGGAUUCAGGCAUAUGGUAGGGCUUUUUGCCUAAAAAUAAUGGCACCUUUUUUUGUAUUAUGCUAUACACUUUUUAUGGUGAUUGGUGUCAUGAAUUUGAUCACGUGUGUGUGUGUGUGUGUGUGUGUGUGAUGCACGUGGUCAGAAUAGCAGAUGUUGUACGUGGUGGGAAUAGCACCAGUUGCACAGCUCCCAAUGUACACAGGAUGAAGUCUUUUUGGCACACUGACUUAUGAAGAUCGGUGCUCCCUGUGACUGCGUGCAGCCCUGUGCUGCCAUCUUUUGGCCAGUUUUUAAAACUAGUUUCGAAACUUGAUUCUAGUUUAAAUAAAUGACCCCCCCCACCCCAGAGUAAAUAAAAAUACAUUUUAAAAUGCUUUGCUUUUUUAUGACAUCUUAAAAUGAUCGUAAACUCUGUGAGGCUUUAAACACAAUACAAGGCUGAUUCAAGGGAAUUGAUGUGUGUGUGUGUGUGUGUGUGUGUUUUCUGCUGUAGUUCAGCAUGAGCUUUUUAAUUAUUAAUUUUUAUUUUAUGAACAGCUUCUGUGCUGCACACUGGAUCCUCGGCUGGUUCUGAUUUCAGCUGGUUUUUUUUUUUUUUUUUUUUUACAUAAUUAUUUGAUUUAUUCUGCGCAGAUGUUUAAGAUGACCUUUUUUUUUUUUUCUUUUAGCCGUUUAUCCUUUUUUUUUAUGAUGUGUGUUGGAUCAGCUCGGCUCUGAGUCACGACUUCAUGAUUAUUUUAUACCGUGUGUGUGAGAUAUAUGAUGUGUGUGUGUGUGUGCUCACGAUCAUCUGCCCCCUAUGGUUUAUAUUUAACUGGAGCUCACUUUUUUUUUUUUUUUUUUUUAAAUCACAAUUUCUCUCAAUAUCCAGAGAAACGCUUUAAUUUCUUGUCCUUAACAGUAGUCACAUGUUUGUGGACACCUAAUUUUAUAAAACUGGUAUGUGCUUCAUUUUGAACAUCAAAUUCCCCAUUAGUCUCCACUCUUCUGGGAAGAUGUUCCACUUGAUUUGUGGAGAUUCAUUCCGCUACAAGGGCGUUGUGAAGUCAGGUACUGAUGCAGGGGAGGAGGUUCCUGUGGUGCCGUCAACGUUCACCCUCAUCGCAAAUGUGUUCAGUAGGAUUUGAGCUUUAUAGAAGGAGAUCUUCUAAACUUUUUUUAAACCCAUAUAAAGCAGAUCUUCAUGGAGCUGGCUUUGUGCACAGGGACAUUGUGAUACUGGAACAGGUUUGGGUCUUCUAGUUUGAGUGAAGGGAAAAUUUCAUGCUACAGUAUCCCAACAGUUUGAGGAAGAACCACAUAUAACUGAAAGAGUCUGGUGUCCCAAUACUUUUGGCCGUACAGUGUAUGUGAUCUUAUGAAGUUUAUGGCUCAUUCUUUUUGAAUGUGGACUGCAGUUGGGAUUAAAUAAAGUGCAGGAGAAAUUAGGACAUUUUUACACAUUAAGCUGACGCAGUAAUCUGUUAUGAGACUCAUUAUUGUUCUUUAUUGUGGUUCCUGAUCGUGUGUGUGUGUGUGUGUGUGUGUGUGUGUGUGUGAGAGAGAGAGUGAGUGUUAGUACCCCGUGUUAGUUUAUUAUAUCAUUAGUUUAUCGCACGGCCUCUCUGGAUCUCUGCAUGUAGAAUUGUUUCCUUCUGAGGUACACGACCCUGACAGCAGCUGAUGUUGAAUAUUUUUACGUCUGUAUUAGACAUUUCCUUUGCAAAUCUAUUGUUCGAUUUAACUGUAUAUGAAAUAAAAGAUGGUACACAUCCAUCAGUUUAUACAGACACCGCCAUCGUAUAGAUGGACUUUUACUGCAGUUUUAUGAUCAGAUAUAUUUAAAUACAUAGAUAUUUAUCAGAGAUUCUUUAAAAUAAAUAAGGUGAAAUAUCUUUUGGUAGAAAUAUGAACUGUAUUUUGAUGCACUGAACAGAUUUGCUGGUUCGUAUCUUUGCUGUUUGCUGUUUCGCGCCUUGGCGACUGUCUGAGCCGCUUCGAAGCUCACGCUGAUGAUGGGAAAUUAAUGUAAAGGUCAUUCUGUAACUGCAUGCUGAGGAAAUAAAGUGGAUUUGUCCUCAAA